UGUCAAUGUCAACAUUGUCAAUUAUGGCUAAGAAUGAUUAGAUUGUCUUCUAGGAAUCUUAAUUAUCAGCGUAUCAGCAAUAUACUCCAAUAAGUACUCGAGGCACAGAUUACUUAAUCUCAAAUUUUCAAUAUUUUGAAACACCAAAAUGAUUAUUGAAAAGGCUGUACUUUUACUAAAAUCUCGGACAAGUGGUAGUUCCCCCGAUAAAUACAAACAAUUAUUAGAUAUUGAAGGUUUUAAAGUGAGUGAAGUGAAAACAUUAGUAUUUGAAUUCAGAAACAUAGAUAUCCUAAGAGAAAAACUUGAUAAUGACACACAGUACGAAGGGAUAAUUUUCUCGAGUCCUCGAUGUGUACAAAGCGUUCAUCUGGCCAAGACUGAUAAGGAACAACUGAAAUCAUGGAAGUCCAAACACAACUUCGCUGUAGGAGAAGCCACAUCCAAGGAAGCACUAAAUAAACUCGGUUUGGAGUGUGAAGGCAAAGAAUCAGGGAAUGCUCUGAAUUUGUCCAAAGUAAUAUUGGAAAAUAGAACGUGCUAUUCUAAACCAUUCCUUUUUCCUCACGGAAAUUUGAAAACUGAUACCCUGCGAGAUGAACUCGGGAAGAACGGUUUGGGAAUGGAGGAUGUCCUAGUCUAUGAUACCAUAGCAAAUCCAGAUAUAGAAAAGGAAAUACAAGAAGUUACCAACAAUUAUAAUGAUCUUCCACAAUACCUAGUUUUCUUUAGUCCCUCUGGAUUCCACAGUUCAAUUGACUAUCUCAAGAGAGUACCUGAUUUUCCUAAGGCAAAG